AAGUGUUUUUAAGGAAGCUCUCUCUCUCACCAGUUUCUUCUUUUAUAAUCAUAUGUUGUGAAGAAAGAGAGGAAAAUGGCCAGAAAAAGCCGAUAGUGCUCAUCAGCUGCUUUUGCUUAAAGAUAUUUCAGUCAUGGAAGAUUGCAUGUUGUAUUUGAGCAACAUGGUUCAGACAUCAACUGUAUGUGAAUACAACAUGGGGGGUGAAGGCGACUUAUUCAAAGCUCCAGAGCCAAUUAUCGAGGAAUCGUUUUCAGGUCUCGAUCCUAUGAUGGCUGCAAUUUCAAUGAUGUCCUUUGGCAAUCCCAACAUCUCCUUAGAGGGACUUAAAGAUUCAGACUUUGAAUCACUGCAAAGUGAUCAGCUUUUGAGUGAGGUUUACUAUGAAUGUGAGAAGGAUCUUUUAGAGAAAGCAGCAAUACAUACACCGCUGUCUGAAGUUUUCGAUCUUAAGAGUCAGACUUCAAAUACGGACGAACACCAAAUUCCAGAAAACAAACCAGUUCCUGAUGCAACACUUCAGAAGAGUGUUAGCUCAGGAUGCUUAAGAUCAAUGGACUGGAUGCAAGGCCCCGCAAUGAAAUCCAGUAUUUUAGAUUUUAGUGGAAUGGAUAUCAAUGAGGUGUAUGGGAUGCGACGGGCAUUUAGCGAAGGCGAUAUCAAGACUCUUAGUAAUGGUUCUGGGAGCCAGUUCCAUUCUUCUCUCGAGCGGCCGCUGAUAAUCAGCAAUUGCACGGCCGAAGAACGCAAAGAAAAGCUAUCAAGAUACCGAAACAAGAGAACAAAAAGGAACUUUGGCAGAAAGAUCAAGUAUGCUUGUAGAAAGGCUUUGGCUGACAGUCAACCAAGAAUCAGAGGAAGGUUUGCCAAGACUGAAGAAUCUGAGAUAAGGAUCAGGCAAUGAUAUCAUGAGGAAAUCAUGUGGUUAGAAGAAGAAUCUACGAUUAGUUUGUUUAGAAGGGCUGAAAUGAAAGGUGUAGAAGAUAGAAUUGUAAAUAGUGUUUGCUUAAUAAAAACAAAAGCAAAAACAAAAAGAAGCAGAAGUGUUUGUUCAUAGUAGUGCUGCUUUGUAAUAUUGAUGUUUGUACUUUCUAUUUUCUAAUUCAAGUUCUAUGAUCUGUAUCAAUUACAGUUCUAAUUAUGGCUCCUAAAAUCAUUUGUCUUCAAACAAUGUUUUAGUUCA